CUCAAAAAUGGCCGUCAAACCUCAAAAACGUUAUCGUUGUCAACUUGUCAAUGCGUUGAUCUAGUACUGUAACUUUUAAGGAAUAGUUUUAUAGGUAUUGUUAAUAAAUUAGUAGUAUUUAGUUAUAAUUAUUAAAAAAUAAAAGUGAAAAAUGUCCUUUUCAUUCGGCACUCCAUCGAGUGCUCCUGCAACAACUGGACUCACAGGAGGCUUCAAUUUUGGCGCUAACAAGCCUGCGACUCCUGCGUUUGGUUUGACGGCAACGUCACAGCCGUCGGGUCUGUUUGGAAAUACGUCGUCGACUGAAACUCCGGCGUUUGGAAGUGCUGCACCUGCCUUUGGUGCUACAUCCACUGCGCCAGCGUUUGGGGCAACCACAACGCCAGCGUUUGGGGCGACUACAACUCCAGCAUUCGGAUCUACAGCGCCCCCGGCGUUUGGGUCGACCACUACGCCUGCAUUCGGGGCUGCUGCACCAGCAUUCGGUUCUACAACUCCAGCAUUUGGUGCUACGUCAGCAGCACCUGCUUUUGGUACAACUACUCCAGCGUUCGGUGCUACAUCUGCUGCACCGGCUUUUGGAGCCACAACUACACCUGCAUUUGGAGCUAGUGCAGCCCCCUCAUUUGGUACUACUACUCCAGCAUUUGGUAGCACUGGGUUAGGCACUGGUGGCCUCAAUUUUGGUGCCGGUUCCAAUACUGCCACUACUAGUUCAGGUCUGUCAUUUGGCACUCCUGCAACUUCUGCUAGCACGGGCCUAGGAGGGCUUGGAAACUUUGGUUUUGGCAGCACCACCUCAACUCAAAGCGUUGGGUUUGGCUUUGGAUCUACAAGUACAGCUACAACCACAACAAGUUUAUUAGGUUCUAAAUUGGGUACAACUAGUGUGACUGGCACACAGCCAUCUAUUUCAGCAGGACCAAGUUUCGGGCUGGGCGGUGUUGCCACUAGCAGUAGUGGCAUUGGUGCUGCAAAUACAACGACAGAUUCUAAAAGUGAACCACCAAAGCAGAAUAAAUUGCCAAAUGAAAUCUCGACCACAGUGGAGUCGUUCAAAGAGUUUGUUAAGAAACAGAAGUCACUUAGCUCUGAAGUUAUGAGGGUGUCUGUCAAACCAUUGCAUAAGGUAUCCCGCGAGGCGGAGGCGCGGCUGCGCGCGGCCGUGUCGCAGUCGGGCGAGGUGUCGCGCGCGCGCGCCCAGUCGCGCCGUCUGCGGGCCGCCGCCGCCGCCGCGCUGGCCGCCGCCGAGACUGCUGCCAGGGACUAUACCGUGCCCGGUUCAGAGCUAGAAGGCACGGCUCCACCAGCAUAUGUGAAGGAUUUAAUAGCAGAAUUGGAACAACAACUGAUCACAUUCCGCAGACAAAUGGACGUGGCUGACAAACAGAUGCAGUCAUCUCCUAAACUACUCACUGAGCAGGAGCUAACUAUGGGCAUCAGAAGAAUGCACGAGUCUCUAGUGGCAUUGGCGGGACGACUGCAAGCCGUGCAUACUCAAGUAGAAGCACAGAAGGAACAAUACCUUAACUUACGGAAAUACAUACUCAAGGAUCCUACUAAUGUCUUUGAUGAGCCAUCACCGAGCACAAGUUUGGACCAGAUCCUGCGGGAUGCGGAGACUAACAGGAAGAAGAUGAAGUCUGGCGCGUUGCCUGACAUCACGCAGGGCAGUGCUGUGCUCUCAGACCCCAGGGUCGCCUUAGGUAAUCUGCAACAUUUGGCUGGUCCAACACCGUUUUCCUACGUCGGAAGUGCAAUGUCGCCAUUUCCUUCUAUUGAUGCCAGUGGUCCCUCGUGGCAGCCCCAGUCCCAGCCGGCUCUGAACACUUCACUGAACACUAGCUUUGGACUCCCGCAAGCAGACACUUCCGCAGGGUUCCAACUGCAGAAGCCACCCGGCAAACGAGGCAAGCAAUGAUAUUGGCGCUAAGCACGAUGUUCCGUGCGUCACCACAAUGCUCAGACACUGAGCUCAUUCAAAUGUACUAUUUCAUAAUAAUUAUCAUAAGGUUCCGCGAAUGUAAACAUUGUACUUCUUUGAAAAAAUUAAAAAAAUAGUGCUCUUAAGAGAGAAUUUAUAUUAACUACCACAAAUUCGAAGCCAAAAAUUCUUCAAGCAUAUUUCAAAGUUGUACGAAUGUAUGCGGAUUUCUAAAAAUACACCCUUAAACCCCCUAAAAUGUAUACAUUAAAUGCUAUUGAAAUAAGGUUGAAAUUGCUAUAAGUUAUAUAUAAAGUUUAUAAUUGUAAUUACGCGAUACCGUAGCCUCCAACCGGUUGCAUGAAUUUGAUGGAAGCUAAAGAAGUCUGUAAGGGUCGUAUUCGGUGGCCCUUUGUAGUUUCUUUCUACACCUACAAAGAUGUGUGACUCGAGCUAUAUGCUAUGCUGAAAUGGUCUUGGGUUCGAUAUCUAGUUAGGCUCGUUAAGUAAAAUUCCCAAUAAAUAAUUUACCACAAUACACUUCAAUGGCUUGCACGGUUGGAGCAGUGGCUAAGUAAUCGGCUACUGCGGAAUGCUAAGGCUCGAUUCCAACAUUGUGUGAUCUACAAAUUGUGGUUUCGAGUCUUAGUUUGACGUGUAUGUGAAAUUUGUAUGUUUUGUACAUUGAUAUUAGAUAAAAUCGUAGUGUAGGUCGAUGUUAAAAGAAUAAACAACUUUGAGAUUCACAAAUCUGGUAUGUGUUUAUGUAAAUAAUAUAAAAAUGUAUAUUGUAGCCCAGUAUAUGGCAAUAGGCUCACUCGUUCACGUGGCAUUAAGUGACGUGAUGUGCACUUCUUGCCUACCUUAAAAAUACUUAAAAAAAACAAUGUCAAAUGUAAUAAUUUUCUGUAGUGAACUCAAUGCUAAACCGGGAUAUGUGGUAGUAUUGUAUUCUUUAAUUAUUUUAAGAGCUUUGUGUCUCAAAGACAACAUCAUCCAGUGCUGUCAAAAUCAUAUUAGCUUAUCAUCGUCUAUAUCUAGACUAAACAUCAAUUUAUACAAAAUUUUUGCUAUCCUAUUGCAAAUUGGGGAAGCAAGGAUGCUUUUACCAAAGCCAAUAUUGUAGGGUACAUUGUAACAAAACACAUGCACUCUAACACUUUCAUUCCGGACACACUCCAUCAGAGCGCCAAGCACGGGUAACUAUCGCAUUUGUAACGUCAUAGUAUCGAGCGCGUUCGGCGCUAUGAUUGGUUGGUUCAAUAGAGCCGGCUUAUCGGGCUUGUCACUCAGGACAUGAAGAACGUUCUCUAUCACAUUUGCCCGCGACUUCGAUCUCACAAUCCUGUAUUCUCCCGUUCCUGUAGGAUUUUCAGGAUUUCUUCUGUCUUAAGAACCUUCUCCUAGUAAUAACAAAUCAACAAAAAAUAACU